AGGUGGCAGCAUUUUGCUGCUCGCCGCCUCUCCCCUGUGCUGACAUUUUUCCCCGAGCUUCACUCAAAAGAUUUUUUUUUCAACGAUUUGGCACGGCGAUGCCAGCAAUGACUCCGUGCACAGCAGACCGCUCGCAUCUGAUGGGGAGCUCCAUUCUACUGCGGUGCAUCUGCGAAACGGUCGGGUCAGCGUAGCUGCGGGGCAAGGCGAGCUGCAGACCGUCACUUGUGGGAUUGUGUCUUGAGCACAUCCUUGCGGAUUGUGUGUGGGUGGAUUAACAGAAGGUUGUAUCCAAAUCAGUGCUGGUGAGAAGCUGCGUGUCGGUGUUGUGAUCAGAGUCGGGACCGUCACCAGAACCGAGGGAACGCCCAGCCCAGUGUGUUUACUUUAAGUCUUUGACCUUGUGCAUCACCCUUACUGUUGCAGAGAAAGAUCCCACUGGCUCCUUGACAGCCAGAAAUUGGAGCUGGGGGAAAAUCGGGCGCAGGAACGAUAUCUCCUUUGAAAACGGAUGAUACGAUCACAGGGGGAACUAUUAUCCAUCAUCUAGCCCCGAGACUGUCAGCAUCGGGAACCCUGACACUUGUAAGGUGAUCGGUGAUCUCGGUGCGGAGGAGAGAGAAGGAGGCUUGCGUUAUGAACACGAGCGCAGUACCCUAUCAGCAGAAUUCAUACAGCCAUGGAGGUGAGCCUGCAAGUAUCCGCUGCUAUAGAUGUGGCGGAGUAUGCAAAGGAGAGGUGGUGCGGGUACACAAUAACCACUUCCACGUCAAAUGUUUUACCUGCCAAUUUUGUGGUUCCGACUUGGCCCAAGCAAACUUCUUCUACAAGAAUGGAGAGUAUAUCUGCACGCUGGAUUAUCAACGGCUCUAUGGCACACGCUGUGACAGUUGUAAGGAGUUCAUCGGGGGAGAGGUGAUCUCAGCUCUGGGAAGGACAUUCCAUCCAAAGUGCUUUGUCUGCACAGCCUGCAGGAAGCCAUUCCCAGUUGGAGACCGUGUUACUUUCAGUGGGAAGGACUGUGUAUGUCAGCAGUGUUCUCAUACAUUGGUUACAGCCUCUGAGCCGAUAAAGAUUCAUGGACCAAGUCAGUGCGCUGGCUGUGGAGAUGAAAUCAAACAUGGACAGUCUCUGCUGGCCCUGGAGAAGCAGUGGCAUGUGAGCUGCUUCAAAUGUCAGUCCUGUGGUGUUGUCCUGACAGGAGAAUAUAUCAGCAAGGAUGGUGUUCCUUACUGUGAAACGGAUUACCAUUCUCGGUUUGGCAUUAAGUGUGAGAGUUGUGAUAGAUAUAUCAGUGGAAGAGUACUGGAGGCAGGAGGCAAGCAUUACCACCCAACUUGUGCAAGGUGUGUCAGAUGCCACCAGAUGUUCACAGAGGGAGAAGAAAUGUACCUAACAGGCUGUGAAGUAUGGCAUCCCCUCUGUAAACAGUCUGCUAGAAUGGAAAAGAAGCUACGGCACAGGCGUGCUUCGGAAGCCUCAAUUUCUCCUCCCGGAUCCAGCAUUUCCGGAUCUCCUAAUCGAGUCAUCUGUGCAAAGGUGGAUAAUGAAAUACUUGACUAUAGGGAUCUGGCCGCUCUUCCCAAAGUUAAAACUAUCUAUGAUGUUCAGCGUCCUGAUCUGGUUUCCUAUGAACAAUAUCAAAAAUCUGCAUCAGAAGACAGACUUGAAAGACACAGUUUCGGGGAGUCUCUUGGAAUGCUAUCACCAUACUCACAGGACAUGUAUGACGGGUUUGAUCUAAGACAGAGGAGAUCUUCUAGUCCUGGAUACAUUGACUCACCCACCUACAGUCGACAGGGAAUGUCUCCCACAAUGCCUCGAUCACCUCAACAUUAUCACAGACCAGGCACUGAAAGCGGCCGGAGUUCACCUUAUUAUAGCCAGCUAGACAUCAAGCCAAGUCCUGUCCAGACUCCUAUACAUUUCCAUAUACCAGCAAGUGGAGAAAUUUCUAAUAUCUACCGGAAGCCCCCUAUCUAUAAGCGACAUGCAACAAAAAGCAAAACCAGCGAGGAUAUUGUACAGUCUGCAAGAUAUCCUGCAGCUUACUCUCCAGAUAUCUUCCAGCAGACAGAUUCAGAGUAUUGGCAUUAUCCAACUUCACCUAAAGCCUCAAGAUGGAGUCGAAGAUCUUCUUCUGGUGCUGAGGACGAUGGGCAAAAUAUUUGGGACCAGGGUAUUCAGAGGAUACAGAGUGGCAUUAAUCGAUUAAUUCUGAAGGAGGAAAUGAAAGCUAGAUCAGGGAGUUAUGAUAAUGACCCUUGGACAACACGAAGCUCCACAACAAGUAGGGAAUACCUACAGAAUGUAGGCUAUGAAUCUCCAGUUAAUGGAUCUCCACGAGGAAUGCACAUGGGUGACAGCGAUCCACUGAUUUCCAAGUCUGCUUCUCUUCCUGCCUACAUGAGAAAUGGAAUGCACAGGCCCCAGAGUGCUGACAUUUUCCAAUAUGACAAUGACAGUGCCGUUAACUGGGGAAUGAGAGAAUACAAGGUAAGAACUGCAGCUUUGAACCUGUGGCCUUGGAUUGCUGUGGUGCAGCAACAAUGAAUUUAUCCAUUUCAACUGCUAAUGGUAACCACCAGAGGUCGGAAUAAGUUGCCAAAAGAUGUCGACAGGACAAGAUUAGAGCGUCACUUAUCACCAGAAGAUUUCUACCGUGUGUUUGGAAUGACACUCGCAGAGUUUGAUCGACUUGCAUUAUGGAAAAGAAAUGAACUGAAAAAGCAAGCAAGGCUCUUUUAAGCAAAUAUAAGUAUCCUGUUAAAGAAAAAAGCUACCUACCCUAGUAUACAAGCAUUUAAUCACACAAUCUGUUAGUAGUGUUUUCAUAUCAUAUAAUGUUAAGAAAGCUACAUGUAUCUAAUGGAUGUUCUGCAAAUGUCUGUCAGCUGUGGGCUCAUAUUUCCAUUAUUUUUUGCAACUUUUGUGAUAUAAUCCACUAAUCAUCAAGUUUUUUGGGAGUAAGAUUGCAGUGACCAUGAUUUAUAUUCAAAACUGGGAUUUUUGAAUAAACUAGGAUUAUUUGAUAUCUAUCUCUUUUCUCAUUUAUCUUUUGUUUGAUUUCCUUCUCUUGCUCAGAUGAGAUUUUCAUAUCCAUUCUCUAUGCAUUGUAUUAUUUUGAAACAUUUAAGUUACCAUACGUAUAGAAUUGCUGAAUGUCAAAGCUCUACAGAAGAGGGAACUAUCAAUAAAAUGUAUUACUGAAGUAGCUCUUGUCCUAAAUGGCAGCCUUGAUGAUAUCACAGAUAAACGCAUCUGUAAAUGAUGACAUUUACUUUAAUGAUUAUUAACCUUUUUUCUCAGCUGAUAUAGAGUCCCAUAAUUGUUUGUUCGUUGAUAAUUGCUGCAUUUUGUUCG